CGCACGCAGUGGGGAGGGGGUUAGAAAGAAGGCGGCCGCUGUCCGAGGCGGCCCCGGCAGUGUCUUGAGCGUUUGUGUCCCUCACCGGCCACCCUCCUCCCUCGGGUUCCACACCAUGCCGAUGUACCAGGUAAAGUCCUAUCAUGGUGACGGCGCACCUCUGCGUGUAGAGCUUCCCACCUGCAUGUACCGGCUCCCCAACGUGCACGGCAAGACGGCCAGCCCCGCCACCGGCCACGUGCAGGAGACAUCUGACCCUUCUCUGCAAGCCCUCGAAUCCCGACAAGAUGAUAUUUUAAAACGCUUGUACGAGCUGAAGGCAGCAGUGGAUGGCCUUUCCAAGAUGAUUCACACUCCAGAUGCAGACUUGGACGUAACCAACAUCCUGCCAGCCGAUGAGCCAACCACUUUAACCACCAGUGCACUGGACUUGGAUUCAGUGCUUGGAAAGGAUUACGGAGCACUGAAAGACAUUGUCAUCAACGCAAAUCCAGCCUCCCCUCCCCUUUCCCUGCUGGUGCUCCACAGGUUGCUCUGUGAACACUACCGAGUCCUGUCCACUGUACACACUCAUUCGUCAGUCAAGAGUGUGCCUGAGAACCUUCUCAAGUGCUUCGGGGAACAGACUAGGAAACAGCUCCGUCAGGAGUAUCAGCUGGGCUUCACUUUGAUUUGGAAGAAUGUGCCUAAGACACAGAUGAAGUUCAGUGUACAGACGAUGUGCCCCAUUGAAGGAGAAGGAAACAUCGCACGUUUCUUGUUCUCUCUGUUUGGCCAGAAGCAUAACGCUGUCAACUCCACCCUCAUAGAUGGCUGGGUGGACAUCGCCAUGUUUCAGCUGAAAGAGGGAAGCAGUAAAGAAAAAGCGGCUGUCUUCCGCUCCAUGAACUCUGCUCUGGGGAAGAGCCCGUGGCUGGCUGGGAGCGAGCUCACCGUGGCUGAUGUGGUGCUGUGGUCUGUGCUCCAGCAAACUGGAGACAGCAGCGUGGCGGUGCCCACCAAUGUGCGGCGGUGGCUCCAGUCAUGCGAGAACCUGGCCCCUUUUAGCACUGCCCUCCAGCUCCUCAAGUGAACCCGGGGACUGCUGGGAGAGGGCUUCGGUGUGAGGACGGUGCUGCUUCAUGGCUGCUGCCAGCGAGGGACAUGUACAAAGUCAGUCCUCUUGUUUAGGCCAGCUGUCAAGUAUCAAUAAAAGCACCAGAUAAUC